AUGUUGAGCAUACUGGGGCUGUUUCGCUGGGCCGUGUUGCUUAUUAUUGCCCUACUCCUGAUCCAGCAGAAGGCAAUCCCGCUAAUCAGUUCGCCUCAAAUUCAACCAUAUGUCUCCUGGCUUCCGACGUCGAUACAGAAUGUGGUUCUCGUCAGUCGGCCUCGCGUUACGCUAUCCCAAGGAACCAUUGUUGGAACCACCCUGCGAGAUACACUUAAGCAACCCGUUGACGCUUUCCGCGGCAUUCGAUAUGCACUACCGCCAGUUGGCGACAGACGGUUUCGUCGCGCUGAACCAAUUGGUCCCUCCGAAGGACUUAUAGACGCAGCACGGUUUGGUCCACGAUGCCCUGGUAAACAAUUACUGCCGAUUAAAGGCGACAACGGAAACAGCGAGGAUUGCCUGACUGUGAACAUUUUCCGGCCGCACGGCGUUCAAGGGCCCAUGCCGGUAGCUCUCUACGUGCACGGCGGCGCAUACAAUCGAGGAACCUCAUCGAUGCAUAACACGGCCUCAAUGGUUGGAUGGUCUGAGCAGCCCUUUAUCGGAGUUACUUUUAAUUACCGCAUCGGGGCCCUUGGCUUUCUACCUUCCACUACUACCGCAGAGGAGGGUCUCCUAAAUCUGGGACUGCACGAUCAGAUCCUGUUGUUAAAAUGGGUGCAAGAUAAUAUCGAGGCUUUCGGAGGCGAUCCAUCCCAGGUGACACUGUUCGGACUCUCUGCCGGUGCUCACUCGAUCGCGCAUCAUAUCAUGAACAAUGACCUCGGCCACUCCCUCUUCCACCGAGCCAUCAUCGAAUCCGGCGCCGCAACCUCCCGGGCAGUCCAUCCACACAACGCCCGCCUACACGAGGACCAAUUCCGCGAAUUCGUCCAAGAGGCCGGCUGCCAGGACACGCCCAGCAUCAAGGUAAUGGACUGUCUACGUAGUCAACCAGAGUCAACAGUCACCAACGCCUCCUUCACGGUCUUCGACCGAUACAACCCCUCAAUACGAUGGGCCUUCCAACCCGUCAUCGACGGCGAACUCAUCAAAAAACGACCAAUCGACGCCUGGCACUCGGGCCACUGGAACAAAAUGCCCAUCCUAACCGGAUUCAACACCAAUGAAGGAACAUACUACGUGCCAGCUUCGAUGUCCAAAUCCGACGAAUUCCCCGAGUUUUUCCGGACGCUUCUCCCGGCAUACACAGACGCCGAUAUUAAGACCAUCGAUACGCUCUACCCCGACCCAGCGAAGGACAUCUCUUCGCCAUACGUCGACACUAGGGGUCUACCGGUCGGACCCCAAUACAAGCGCGUCGAAGCCGCAUACGGUCAGUAUGCGUAUGCUUGUCCGGUGCGACAGACGGCCAAGUUUGCCUCUGCGGGCCAGGACCCUCCUGUGUUUCUUUAUCGCUGGGCGCUGAAUAAGACUGUGCAGGGUGGUGCCAAUCAUGGGGAUCAAAUGGCGUAUGAGACUUUUAAUCCGGAGGUGCGGAGUAUCUCUGAGAGUCAGGAGAGGAUUGCGGGAACCCUGCAUGCGUACUUUUCUUCUUUCAUAGUUUCUGGAGAUCCAAAUGCCGUGUCUGGUAUGUAUGGAGAUCGUCCCGUGUGGGAAAGGUACGAUGCAUCGUCCUCCGGGAGGAUCAUGGUGUUUGGGGAGGGGAAUGACGAGCGCGCCGGGGGAAGUGGCGUAGGAACUGCGGCGCAAAUAGUUGACGACGAAUGGAGUCGCGAAGAAUGUAAUUUCUGGUGGACAAAGAGUGGGAUUUCAGAUUUAGAUUAA